AUGGCGAACAAUAACACAAACAUCAUCAGCAUCGUGAUUAAUCUGGCCCCCGCUCCCCCUCCACCCACCUCCGCCCCCCAACCCUCCUCAUCUCGUUCUAACUCCGGGACCUCUCGGUCCACAAGUGAACAGUUAGUCGCGUCCCCGGGCUUUUGGGCCCUUCUUUGCCUCGCGGCUGGACUUGUUGCCGGGGCUGGUUAUCUUGUUUGGAGGAAGGUAACCUCUAAACAAGGGGACCCGGAAAAUACCCCCGCCGAAGGUGUCUCUGUGGGCGUGCAGACCGAGGAGAUCCCCGAAGGGGAUUAUGUCCAAGCCCGCCCGCCUUAUGUGAUUACUACGCCCUCCGCCACGCCCUCCGUCACGCCCUCCACCACUCCUAAGAAAAAGGAGAAGAAGCUGGACUCCGCAAAAGCUUCCAGUCUCUCUAGUACGACGCGCAACGUCUUACACGUGGCGAAGGAGGGCCUGACAAUGGAGCCGGCGGUAUUUUGA